AUGUCGCACUCCGGUUAUAGCAACCAAUUCGGGACCCCCAACGAUGGGGUGGACCCCUCCGAUUUGACGAUGCAGCAGGGUGGCUUCAUGUCCUACCCCUUUGGCUCCCAGCAGAACAUGUCAUCCAGCUUCAACUUUGGAAACUCCGGCAUCGAUACCGACGAACUGCUAGAUUUGGAGAUUAGUGGACAGAACGGUGUCCAGCGCGGAGAUAACAUAAACUAUCUCCAGGAUCAAUCUGGCGGGGGCAUUGCCAUGAGCCACCAAAGUCAAAUGUCGCACAUGUACUCCAACACCCCCGAAAAUGCGCCGCUGGCCAGCCCAUUUGUUCACAACAGCUUCAACUACGAGCAGUUCCGGCAGAUGAACGUGCCCAACCUGCAACACGCCAGUUCCUUUGACCAGAAUUACUUGAACGCCAAGUCGCGCCCGGGCCUGCAGCCGAUGGACCGUGCCUCCUCGGAUACCCGUAGCCCCAUGACGCCGAAGACACCUGCCAUGGGAUCGCUGACCUUGGGCACGCCAGAAUCUGGCAGCUAUCCUUCCCAGCCAAUCCGGACCGGCCUGUCGCACCGUCACCAGAAGAGCCUGUCCAACCAAUGGGAUGGGACACCCGGCAGCGCCCAUUCGUAUGUCGAUUCGCCUAUCUCCUCGCCAGGUCACCAGUCACACCCAGGCAUUUCAGAGAUUCUCAAGUCUGGCAAGCAUGCCUCCUUGCCGGCCAAGGUCGACCUUCCUGGAUCUACCCAGGAUCUCGAGUCACAAGAGGCCAAGCGCCGACGUCGCCGUGCCUCUCACAAUCUGGUCGAGCGACGACGCCGUGACAACAUCAAUGAGCGCAUCCAAGAUCUCUCCCACCUGGUGCCGCAACAUCGAUUGGAAGAUGACAAGGUCCGCAAGCAGCUUGUGAACAACAAUGCUCUUUCCGUCGCCGGUGCCGGUGGAAACGCCGCCACCUCCCUUCUUGCAGGAGGCAAUGGCCGCCGGGCCACCCCAGGAAAUAUUACCAUGGGUCUGCCGAUUGAAGAGAAGGAGAAGGGCCCUAACAAGGGUGACAUCCUGAACGGUGCGGUUAGCUGGAUGCGCGAUCUGAUGUGGGUGCUACAUGUCAAAUUUCAGCAAGAAGCCGAACUCGCCGAGUUGAUCGGCAGCCUUGGCGGGUCAUGGCCGUUUGAGCAGACAGAAGAGGAGAAGCGCAUGCGUAGCGAGAUUCUGGAUGCAUUGGAGAAUAACGACCCCAGCUCCUUCAGCUACACCCGCGGCCCCGGCAGUGGUCUGCGUGUGCCGAAGCACACGAAUAUGGCCGGCGAGCCGUUGAGCGGCGGCAGCGACGGGCUGACGCCGCCGAGUCUGAGCCCAUCCUUCCACAGCGGCGCCAGCAGCGCCAACGGUGUUCCCGGUCAGCCGCAGUAUUGGAAUAGCGCUGGCCACGCGGCGAUGAGCUUCAAGGAAGAGGAUGAGUAUGCGAUGGAGAUGAACUGA